UCAUCCAGGAGAGCCCUGGAUGAGGAAGUGCAGCCCACCGGAGUGGCUGCGCGGCGCGGCGCUGCGCGGAGGGACGCGGCGCUCUGCUCUAGCUCCUGCGGAGGGAGAUCCAGACCCAGCGAGACGCGCCGAGAUGCCCCGAGGAUCGUAGUGGCGAUCAUGUGCCUUCCUGGCACCGAGGCGGUGUCUGCUGAGCCGUAAGGUGUGUGGAGUGGAGGGGGAAGUAAAGCGGCGGAGGAGGAGGAGAGGAGGAGGAGGAGGGGUGGACAGCCCCGGCAGACAGGUGCACUCCUCUUCUCAAUCUUCUUUCAUUUUCUCUCGGUCCCGUUCAGCGACAGGAGCCAUGGACACCCGCAAGCAGAGCAAGAGCAGAAAGCAGCCGAUGAAGCCCAAGACGUCGAAGCCGAAGGAGAAGAAAUACAAAAGUGGCAAGUUCGUCAGGAGGAAAUCGCUGCGUUCUUUCGGGAAUUUCAUGGGGAGGAUCCUGAGAACUUUGGGCACUUUAACGCACUCCGGCGACGGAGAGCCGCCGCCGCCGCCGGGCGCCGAGGAGGACGACGGCGGCUUCUCCCGGAGCGCCUCGGCCGCUUUCAGGGACGACUUCGCGCCGACGUCCAGGGAAGGAGCCGCGAAGCGGGGCUCCGCGGUCUCCUCCUAUCACGGCUCGGUGAAGGAGAGGCUGUCGUGGUGCUACGGCGACAAGACCCCCGGCGUGCUGGGGCUGAAGAACCACGGCAACACCUGCUUCAUGAACGCCGUGGUCCAGUGCCUCAGCAACACGGACCUGCUGGCCGAAUACCUCGGCCUGGGCCAGUACAAGUCGGACAUCGGCCGCGGGAGGGCGAACGGGGACGUGAGGGCGGAGGAGGCGCGGAGCUCCGGGGGAGAGGUGACCGAGCAGCUGGCGUCGCUGGUCCGAGCGCUGUGGACGCUGGACUACACCCCGCAGAUGUCUGGCGAGUUCAAGAGCAUAGUUUCAAAAUACGGCACUCAGUUUCGGGGGAACUCUCAGCACGAUGCCCUCGAGUUUCUCCUCUGGCUCCUGGACAGAGUUCAUGAAGAUGCCAAUCAAAGUCCUGACAACAAUAACAGCAGCAGCAACAAGACCAAAGCCAGCAGUAAGGCGACCAGCACAUCAGAGAAUCCUUCCAGCUUACCCAGCACACAGCAGCCUCGGGGUCGCCACAGCUUUGUCCAGGAACACUUUCAGGCACAGUACAGGUCUUCUUUGACGUGCCCUCACUGCCUUAAGCAAAGCAACACCUUUGAUCCGUUCUUAUGCAUCUCUCUGCCUCUUCCCCUGCGACAGACCAGGCCGAUAUGUGUGACGCUGGUGUUCAGCACAAAGGGUCAGAGGUACCUGCGGGUUGGGCUCGCUGUACCUCUGUUCGGUCCUGUAUCCUCCUUGAGAGCCAUGGUAGCGGCAGAGGGCAACAUCUCCCCCGAUCAGGUCAUCCUGUCAGAACUUUACUCCACCGGUUUCCAGCGGUCCUUCGCAGACGACGACGACCUGACCGCCAUCGCCGAUAGCGACGUCAUCUACGCCUUCCAGGCUCCACCUAGCGGCAGCCGUGGGGGCACUGCUCCACACUCAGGGUAUCACCACAGCCUCCCUUCAUCUCCUUACUCGUCCACAUCAGGGCCGGACAGGCAGAGGUUACCAGCAUCAGGACGACUCUCCUCAGAGUACCUGGAUCAGAGCAGCUCCACCAAGGUUCUCCUGCUCAUGUGCAAUACAACCGGAUCUGGGCAGCAAGCCGCCAGAUUUGGGCCUCCCUUCCUCAUGCUUGAAGACAGGAAUAUCUCGUGGGAGCAGCUGCAGCAGAGCAUCCUCAGCCAGCAGUAUUAUCUCAUGCUGAAUGGAUCCCAGGCUCAGAACGCUAAUGUCGAAUUCAAGGUCAGAGUGGUUGGAGGAUCUGCGGCCUACAGCUACUUGUCCCCCAAGGACAGUCGACCACUGUCCCACCCCGCUGUUGAGAGAGCUUUGAAGUUCUGUGGGCCAGGAGGACCUCCCCAUGUCAAGCUUGUUAUUGAGUGGGACCACAGCUCUAAAGAACAUCUGUUUGGCAGCAUCCACGAGGAGGUGGUGAAAGACGCAGAGAGCGUGAGGAGCCAGCAGCAGCAACACCUGCAGCAGCACAGCUGUACCCUGGAUGAGUGCUUCCAGCUUUAUACCAAAGAAGAACAGCUUGCCCCAGAUGACGCGUGGAAGUGUCCUCACUGUAAGCAGCUGCAGCAGGGCAUGGUGAAGAUGAGUCUGUGGACGCUGCCUGACAUCCUCAUCCUCCACCUCAAGCGCUUCCGACAGGUCGGUGAACGACGGAACAAGCUGUCGACGCUGGUUCGAUUCCCCCUGUCUGCACUGAAUAUGGCCCCGCAUGUAGCGACGAGAAGUCAAAGUAUGAGGAAUCUGCACGCGGGCUCUUCUGCCUCUUCCCGGAAACAGCCUUCAGGCCAGAACAAUCACCCUUCUGACCUACUCCUCCCGCAAGAUUACCUGUAUGACCUGUACGCUGUGUGCAACCAUCACGGAGGGAUGCAUGGAGGACAUUAUACCGCUUACUGUAGGAACUCUGUGGAUGGCCAGUGGUACAGCUACGAUGACAGCAGCGUGGACCUGGUGCCAGAGGACCAAGUGUGUACCAAGGGAGCUUACAUCCUUUUCUACCAGAGGCGCAACAUUAUUCCUCCGUGGUCGGCCAGUAGCUCUGUCCCAGGCUCCAUAAGUUCAUCGGUGUCGGACCACUGGCUCAUCAGGCUGACGGGGGACAGCACGAGAGGCAGUCUGGUGUCUCCUUCAUCCACCAACGUCUCGUCUUUGGUAGACAACUCUCCAGAGUCUCCGGACAUCCGUGACAAUGGCUUUGAAGAGGGAAAGGGUGGCUUUGAGAAGCGGCCGUUUGUGCGAGGGCUUCAGGGGCGCAGCGUGAGCAUGAGGGUCCCCACCAAGCCGAAGGACGGUCUGAGCAAAAAGCUUCCUAUGCGCUGGUCCCUUGGUUCGAAAGAGAGGCGAAAACCUGAGCAAGAUCUGGAUGCCCCAGCGCAGGACCCUGACCCUGCUGAGCUGGUGCAGUACUUGGAGUCUGGCCGGCGGCCCCGGUGCACCAAGGAUUCAAUAGUGAACUUGAUGAAUGAAUCGCGUAGCAGCAAAAAAACCUCUGAAGGUCGGGCAUCCAGUUUUCGAUCUUCCAAUGUUGGGAGCAUGAGUUGUGUCGGUAAGACGGAGGAAGAGCCACAUUAUACUCAGGUCCCGGAGGGUCAGAGAAGACCUUCGGAGAAGACAUCAGAGAAGACACCAGGGAAGACCGCCAGUCUGAGACGGAAAAAAGAAAGCCUGGCAAAAGAGGAGACCUCGGGGAAUAUGAGCACCAGCUCUAGUAGCAACACCCUUUCCAGGCGGAAGGACGGCAGGAGGCAGAGCAGCACCAAGCCUUCCCAAGAUGCAGAGACAAAAGUGAGUUCCAGCACUGGAGUUCAUCCCAGUUACAGUACAUCAAGCCUUCAGGAUGGAACUCUGAGAAGACAAAAAGGGGACAAGGUUAACAGGAAUCACCAAAGCGCUGAGGGAGACAAGUCAAAGACAACGAAAGACGAAGUGCCCAAGAGUCACGACGGUCUCUUCUCUUUUCUAAAGGGUAACUUCCUAAAGAAGGAUAAGGACUCUAAGAAGUCUAAUGAUGGUGAGUCAGGAAAAGGAGGUGGCGAGGAGGAAGGCAGAAGGACCUCAUCCAGGAUAUCACUACCUAACGGAGCAGCCGGAGGAAGAACUGCGGUGGAGGGAAGCAAAGCAAAUGGCUCGGGCCGUCGGGUUGACGAACUGGCAAACGGAAGGUUGGGACGCUCCGCAGCGGACAUUAGGCGCUCGCACAGCUCCUCUAACAUACCCACCAAAGCCGAGCAAAGCAUACGCAGGACAGCGUCCCUACACCGUAACGGGAUGCCCACCACCCCGGCCCCCCCACGGAGCCUGACUACAGACAAAGCGUCUUCCAGCACCCUGCAGAGGGCUCGGUACAGCACCACCUCACUGGGGCGCAAGAAGACGGUCCCCGAGUCCAGCUUCUGAUGCGGAGAUGAAGGUGUUCCACCAAACGGACAGGAAACAUCUCACCGUCUUUUUAAUCAAAGCAAUAGAGCUCCACUUACAAUGAAGUGAUUUAGUGUUCCCAGAAAAGAACCGACCCAAGUGGUUUGCACAAAAAAGCAGGGAGAGACAGUGAAUGAAGGGAGGUUCAAGGCUGCAACAUGAAAACAUGUGGCCUGCCCAUAAAGACAUAUCAGUGGGAACACAUUUUUACUAUAUAUAUAU